GCACUUGGAACUGCCGCACUGACCCGCGUUACACAGGCUCGCUAUGCAACCUGAAACACUGGAGUUCUAUGACAGUGUUGAUUUGGAGAUAUCACAGGCUACAUUUGACGCCGUCUUUCAGAAAUUGACAGAGUUGGGGGCUCUUUCGCUCCAUCAAUAUCUGCACGACUCUGACUCCAGUACUGCGAUAUCGUCUACCACUGAUCUAUCCUUAUAUCCAUCUGCGUCCACUUUGUCCCUCCCCACGUCACCGACAAGAUCUUCAGAACAUGCACGCCACAACGCCGUUUCACGUCUAAACGAGAUAUGCCAACGUGUCUUUGGUAACACAGAUCCUCUCCGAUACGAGUUCCUGGAGGAAAAUGGUCCCAAAAGCAAACAAUGCAUAUUGACGAUUGCCCGCCAUGAUGGCACGAAACGUUCCUAUACCACUCAGCCGAUUUUUCAGAAGAAGGCCGAAGCCAAAGCGGAGGUCUCCAGGAUUGCAAUCGAGAUGGGUGCUCUUGACUUCCUCAUGUACGGAGAGAGCGAGGAGCAGAAAGAGAAAAGGAAUUCACCUACGUCUUCUGCUAGCGACGGGCUAUCCAGUGGGGGCAGCUCAUCAACUCAGGCCAUUGACGUUAUCGAGAGUUGUUGUAUCCAAUGGCGAGCUGGAAGAGUCGUACCACGUUGGAUUGCACUAACCGAGCCAAGGUUUGGACUUAAACACGGUUGCGCUCUUCAAGUUAAACUUUCUCCCCACGUUGACCACGUUUACAUGUCUGAGCCAACCUUUGACACCUAUGACGAAGCCAAGGAAGCGUGUGCUGCAGCUGCUAUAACGGAAGAUGUGCUACGCUUUAUCAAACACGGUGACGGCCAAGUCCGUCCACCGUCUCCUCGACAGUCUCGAAGCCCACUCUUGGAUGAGAAGAAUAAACGUUCGAACCACCUCAAACUCCCAUUGACUCUUCAGAAUUUCUUUGACUCUCUCCCAAGACCUCUUCCCGAGACACUCGAUACAAGCAAUGCAUACCAGAUUAAUGCAACUGCCUGGCUUAACUCCCUGAUCCGGAACUCAAAGGGCUCGAAAUUCGCCAUGGUCUCCUAUUAUAUUUCCGGUUCUACCCCUGGAUUACACGGUUGUCUAUUGAGGAUUGAUCGUCCGGGCACCUACAGAGCUUAUCUUGUUGACGCCGAGUUUGCUAAGCGCGCCGAUGCGAAAGCAGCCGUGUGCCUGAAAGCUAUGUCUUGUGGAGUUGGCGAAUAUAUUCGGACCAUCGUCUCGUCCGUCGAAUCGAAGCUGACAUCGCAGAUGCGCUCGUUCUCAAACAAUUACAUUCACCCUACAUUACAGUCGGAACUCAGCAAGAUCGACCCCGGCUUGUACCCGCAUUUCGAAUUUGAGAAGGAGCGAGAUGCUUUUGGAGCCACUUUGCUUGUCAAGUUGUCUGCUUCGUCCAUCCCUGAGCAAUCACGAAAGUACAUGGCACCGUGCGAAUACGGUAGUAAGGCCGACGCAAAGGCGGCUGUAAUUGCACUAGCGGCGGAGCAGGGCGUCAUCGAAUUUGUUCGUUUUCGAGGGCGACCUCCUCCGCCUGGCUACUGUAGUCCCUACAAAUUGCAAAACCACGAUGGGGAUACUUCAAGGAGACGACCCCAACCAGACAGUCGAGACGACAGAGAAACGAGACCGUCAAAGAAACAGAAGAGAAAUGUGCCUCGAGGUAGUGGCAAGGAUCCUAGUGGGCAUGAAGGUACACCCGGUCAAGAGCACCAGGUCGAUGGUGGUAGUAGCUAUGACCAGAGCUACGGGAUUCCCAGACUUGAUGGGGCCAGUGGAGCACAGGAGUUCGGAGCAGAUUGGCCCUUCACAGGACCCGGGAACGUACGUGAACCGGGUCGACCGUCUGGGCCUCCCCUCCACGGAGUUGCUAGCAGUUGUCAUUACGGCCAGCUUCCGUUCAACGAUCCCUCGUCCUUAUCUAUACCUUUCGACUCCAGUCCCUACGUCUUGGGCGGUACAAAUGACUUUCUAGGUCCCGGCCUCCUUAACUCCAUCCAACCUCUAGUGACGCACUCCCUAUCACCACUCUUUCCCGUCAUUCCCCAGCAUGCUAUUCCUCUGGGGCAUUCCAAUGUACCCGCACCCGUACUUGUCAACACUGCAGCGAUGCCAAUAACCCCCGCUCGGUCUGCAGAUUCUGCUCUAGAGCCCGGAGAAGUUCGAUCACCCAUAUCCCCACUAUGUAGUCAAAAUGUUCGCAGUUGGAUACGGUCAAGCGGACAAGGUGAAACAAGUGCAAAGACCCUCGAUCCACGCAGGAAGACUAUAUCGAAACCCACUCGGACACCUGAUGAGGCCACAACUGUGCCAUCUGAGUCGAAAGGAGGGUUCAAGCGCACUGCAGGUUUACAGACUGCCACCAGAACCCCGACAGUGUCGGUGGGGCGGACGAAUAAUACUGGCGGCAAGGCGGAGACGUCACAUGUAGAUGCGCUCACGGGUUCGUACGCUUGACGACUCUUAUAACGUACUUGACCUCGAAAUGCUGCAUUUCUCGUGCAGAAUACUGUAUUCGCAAUGACCAUGGCAAACCCUCAUUUCACGAAGAGCAGGAAGAGAAUAACAAGUUCAAAGUGUGGAUUAUUAUAGGGAAAGAGCGGUUUGAGCUUCUGAAGAUGUACGAGAGUGUUGAAGAAGGACGAGAGCACGUUGCAAAGAAAGUUUUAGCGCGGCUGCGGCGCAAUGGUGGUGGAGCGGAAAGAUCGUGAGUCUGCUUAUGGAUGGCUCCUGUUGCAGAAGCUAUGGGAGAGUCGAGCUAUGAUGUACAAUAAGGGGUUGUAAGUGCGUCAU